AUGGUAAAUCUCCCAAGAACACAAAAAGAAAAUGGGAAGUAGAGCAUUUGCAUUCACGAUUGUGUUGGUGGGACUUUUACUUGGUGCUGCCACGGCCCAGAAUUGCGGCCGGCAAGCCGGUGGUCGAACUUGUGCUAACAAUUUGUGUUGCAGCCAAUUUGGUUUCUGUGGCACUACCGACGAUCAUUGCUCUCCGGCUAAAAAUUGUCAAAGUAAUUGUAGAGGCAGCAGCGACACUGGUGGAGGAACUGCCACUAAUGUUAGAGCGACGUUUCAUUUCUAUAAUCCGGAGCAGAAUGGUUGGGAUUUGAGAGCCGUCAGCGCUUUUUGCUCGACAUGGGAUGCCGACAAGCCUCUAGCUUGGCGGAGGAGACACGGAUGGACUGCGUUUUGUGGACCUGUUGGCCCUCGCGGACAGCCUUCUUGUGGCCGGUGCUUGAGGGUGACUAAUACGGAAACGGGAGCUCAGGCGACAGUGAGAAUUGUCGAUCAAUGUGCAAACGGAGGUUUAGAUUUGGACGCGGGAGUAUUCAGACAACUCGAUACGAAUGGACAAGGCAAUGCUCGUGGACAUCUCAUUGUGAACUACAGUUUUGUGAAUUGUGGUGAUUAAACAACAAGAUUUCACAUAUAUGGAGGUUGACAAUAGCAAAUAAUUAACUUUGAAGAAGGAAAAUAAGUGAUUUUAUGUAACUUAUAACACUGUAUGCAUACAGUAAAAAUAAAUAAAUACUGAAGCAUAAAUGCUAAA